AUGAGCCAGGGGUUUGACCCAAAGAAACACGUUGCGUUGAAUCCAGAGCGGGUGUCGUAUACGUCGAGCACGGAUUAUCCUGGCCAUUUCGCAGACGAAGACCACUCCUGGAAUCCCGCAGAAUUCAAGAAGAGACUCGCCGUAAGAGUGGAACGGAUAUCGAAUCGGUCGAUAGAAUUCGAUCUCGUUGGUGUCGAUGCGUCUAUUGCAAAUGCGUUGCGGCGGAUACUAAUAGCUGAAGUUCCAACAAUUUGUAUAGAGCGGGUGUAUGUACAUAACAACACUUCCAUCAUUGUGGAUGAAGUCCUCGCGCACCGACUGGGCUUAAUCCCUCUCCGUGUUAACCCAGCGUUCAUGGACUAUCCAGACGGACAACCAACCGAUCGUAACACCAUCGUUUUCAAGCUCUGCGCCAAAUGCGAGCGCCGACGCAACGCUCCGAAAGAUGCAAAAGACCCCGCACAACUCUACAUCAACCAUGAGGUACUUUCUUCUCAACUGGAGUGGGUUCCACAAGGCGAGCAGUCUAUUGUAAUGGCAGCCAACCCACCGGCACCCACCAACCCCAACAUCGUGCUCGUAAAACUGCGUCCAGGGCAGGAGAUUGAAAUUGAACUACAUGCUGUUAAGGGUGUCGGGAAGGACCAUGCUAAGUUUUCGCCUGUCGCGACGGCGUCGUAUCGUCUCCUCCCAAAAGUGAUCCUGAAGAAAGAAAUCCCUCCGCACCUGGCGGAUAAGUUCCAAAAUUGUUUCACCAAGGGUGUAAUCAAAGUGGACCCACGCACUAAGCGAGUCAGCGUGGACGAAAGCCAAGCGAGACGAGAAACUAUGAGCAGAGAGGUGUAUAGACAUCCCGAAUUUGAGGGGUGUGUACAGCUCGCACGGGUUAGGGAUCACUUUCUUUUCAAUAUUGAAUCCGAGGGAUUCUAUCCACCCGAGCGACUCCUCCCGGAGGCGAUUAAAGUAAUGCGGUCGAAAAUUCGGACCCUUCGAGAGGCGGCACAAGGUCUCCUGCAGGAUAUCGGCGUUGUCGAGGAUGUAGAAAUGGCUAGUUAG